CUACCAUUAUCAAGCCUCCCCCUACACGAACAACAUCUUCCUUCCAGCUAUAAAUAUGAGAUAUAGCAAAUCCCUUCUAGCCAUAUCCGGCAUCAUUGCCUCUGUUACGUCCGCAAACACCUCAUUUCCUGCCAACUUCACUCUAACCUCCACUCUUGAUAACUCAAUACUGACCACCGAUGGUUGGGGUAUCUACGACAGCACCACAGAAACUCUAUUAACUUUAUCUCCCUAUACAGGCGGCACCCUCGGCUACGGGAGAUACCAUCAGGCACUGGCCGUGCUCGCUGGUGAGACCGAAGUUGCUUGGAUUAUUCAACUCGAUGCAGAGCCCGAGGCUAUCGACACAAUUACAGGUUGGGGACUGUCGGAUGAUGGGUUCCUCAUGCUGAACGGAGAGCAGCUGUGGGCGUUCAAUGAGAGCGCCGUGGAGCCAAGAAGGCUGUAUUGGGCUGGCGAUGGAUAUCAGCAGGGGCUGGUCGCUACACAGCUAUUGGUGCAAAGUACGGCAUGAGAACUGAGACCAGGCUGGGACUCUAUAUUGACAGUUGCCCUACAAGAGAGAAGUACCGAUGAAGAGAAAUAUGGAUGUUAUCUUACUAUCUAGGAAUUGCACAGAAAGAGAUCUAUAAAAGAGAUCUAAUACAAUAUGUAUC